AUGCUGUUUAAAUGUUGUUGUUGUUUUUUUAUCCCAGAGAAUGUGACAAUCAAUAUAUAAAAUCUGUCCUUGAAUAUACACAAACACACAUACUAUAGCAUGAAUGAGUAGUGCUGAAUAUCUAUAAGAUUUAAUCUAAAAACUAAUCAAUAUCAGUGUUGUAAAGACAUUGGAUUAUUAAAGGCCUAUUAAGGCCACACAUCAAUCAAAACAGACAUUUAUGAUCCUGAGCGGGGGCUCCUGCACCAGCAGAAGGAGAUCAGGGUGGUGUGGGUUAACAGCAUCAUAGCCAUAUAAUCACCAAACCUCCCUCCCCCCACAUAUUGUCAGAGACGCAGUACAGGCAGACGGCCACUGCAGCAGCAAGAGAAUGUAAGAAAUGUCGCAAAUAAACAUCGAAAUACUGCAGAGAGAGGGCGGAAAAGCUGCAGACGAAGAUAAGCCUGCCAUGCGUUCAUCCAAAGACGAUUUAUGGUGAAAUGAGGGUGUGAAUAGGCACUGGUGGGUUGAUGACCAGCCAUAAAGCAUAGGAGGGAGCAAUGAGGAAGGAUCUAUUCAAGUGAGGAGAAACAAAGGGAAGAGUAAAAGAGAGAGAGUGAAAUGGUGGUAGAUAAAGACGGGGCCAUGAGCCCUGCACCGCCUUACGACUCGCUGCCAGCUCGGGCAAGUCCCUGCCGUACAAAGGAGUGGGAGCGAGAGUUGCACGCUACUCAAAGACUGUCUUCUCCUCUACGACCGGCUCCAUCCUCUGUUUCCCGUCGGCCUUCAGCACUCCCUGGCUAUCUGCUCUCUCCCUCCCGAGAUUACGCUGACCAGCAGCAACGUCUUUCGUUAUCGCUGUGCUCAGAGGCCUCGCUGGCGCCCCCUGUGCCUGCAGUUGGAGCUGCCCCACCGUGCUGCCGGGCGGUGGGAGUCAUGCCCUUGCUGCGCCUUGCGCUCCUGAUUUUCAGCUUCCUUUUUUGGGCAGCAGGCCUUGCGAUCUUCACCCUGGGCAUAUGGGCGCAGGCUUCGUUAUCCGACUACAUGCUACUAUCGGCGAACCGCUACCCUAGCGCGCCCAUCAUCUUGUUAGGCACAGGUGCUUCUGUGACCGCCUGGGGUUUUUUAGGAUGCUUGGGAGUGGCUGCCAACCUUCCUUACCUUCUGCGGGUCUAUGGCUUCUUCCAGUUGGUCACACUCAUAGGUGGACUAGCGGCGGGUCUCUCAGGGCUCUUCUACAGGGAGGACAUCGCUGAAGGUUUCCGUAGCGGACUUCAGAAAGCUGUAUUGGACUAUGGAGAAGACGAGGGCUGCGCAGACGCGCUUGACAGCCUUCAGAGGGCGCUGGAGUGCUGUGGCGCUGAGGGUUGGCGUGAUUGGCUAAUGUCCGAUUGGGCUAUCCAAGAUGCUGUGUACUUAACUGGAAGUUUGGGGAAUGAUUCCUCCGCUGUAUCUUUACCAGACAGUUGCUGCAUAAAACGCAAAGGCUGCCGUAACAGACCGUUGCCAGAGAAUGGAGGCAGGAACAUUGAGCUAGCAGGGAUUCAUGCUCACGGUUGUUUCCGCAAAGUCUUCAGCUUGGUAAAUGACAACGUCUUUCACAUUGCAGCAACAGUCCUGGGCCUUGCUUUCAUACAGGUGGCAGGUAUAGCCCUUGCAUGUCUGCUUGCCAAUCGUCUUUUGCCCAGACCGCAAAGACAAGCCCGUUGAAAUAAAAAAGCAUUGUGAAUUUCCUUUGCCUGGGCUUUUGUAUUACUUGCUGCAGCGUCUUGAGUAUAGAUCAGUUUAAGAAACCAGUCAAUGUUUUAUGGACAAAUGAAAAAAAUAAAAUAAAUCCAAAAUACUGCAAAUAUUUAGGUAGAGCAUCAUUUCAAUAUUUGCAUUAUAUGAUUGUUGCAUGACUCUGAAUGACUUGUGAUUUUGUCCAGUGGUAAUGCAAAGUAAAACAAAGUCAAGAGUUUUAUGAUAUGAGAUUGUUGAAUUGUAUCUCUUUGAUGUUUGUAGACAUUCCGUUUUAUUCGAUUACUGAUUAAAAUAUUAUGUAUUAAAAAUUUAGAAAUUGUCUAUAUGCCUUGUUUAAAAUGUAUUCUGUAAAUUGUUUUUCUAUUAAUAACCCAUUAGAAAUGUUACACUUGUAGACUCCAUGGGGUUUCAUUCAUUAAGGUUUCUAAACUCUUUUCCUAUUGAAUGCUUCACUGGCAGAUAAUUGUAAUUUUACAUUUAUUCUAUAAAUAUUGUCACUUAAAAGAAAAAAAUAAACAAAAAUAUGACUACUUUCUAAAAAAAUGAAUGUAUAAUAACAAUAUAUAAUUCAUAAUUGUGAAUUGUUGCUUGCAACCCAUUUCAUUUAAUAUUCUGAAAUGAAAAAUAUGCAUGGCAGAAUGUGUUUUUUAUUUAUUGGAACUGAUUGGAUCCUGAAAAAUGUGCAUUACGUAUAAUGGAGCCAGAUUGAAUGUAAGUUUAAGAAGCACCAAAUUAAAAAUAAAUGAAAAUAAUAUGAGAAAAUAAAAAUAACAUAUUUCAACUCAGCUGACCUUGAAUGUGUCU